AUGGAGAUGAUGACAUCAACACAGCUCAAGCAAGAUGUUGAUGUCACAAGCAACUCCAACCAAAAACGAUAUAACUGCAAAGACCAAAUACAACAUAACUUAAAAGACAGCAGCAACAACAACAGCUACAAUAACAGCUGCAAACAAAACGUCAUCAACAAAACUAAUAAACCCGGAAAAAAAUCUCAGGGUUCCUCAUCAGAUGGAGGGGUCGACACUGGACCUGUGGCUUUCAAACCUGUCCUUCCCGAUCCCAAUCCUCGUCCAAUCGUUGGCACUACAGUUAUAACUGAUUCGACGAAUCAAACGUUUCCUGACGAUGAAGACGCGCACAGCACGAUGACGUCAGAGGAGCACGUGAAUUUGCCUCCAUCAACACUGCGCAGACUCACCGAACAAAAACAACAAAAUUUGCUGAAAGUUCAGCAACAUUUGAGACAGCAGCAGCAGCAAUCGGAAGGAUCGUCGAGUGAACGUUGUGGCACAGGAGAGAGCAGAAAUGCAUCAGUCUCAUCCGAGAUGGAACUCGAGGGCAGCACAACUUCAACGAAGAAAGUGCAGCAUGCUUAUGAGCAGGGACAAAAACAAAGUAGCAGCUCAUCGAAAUGCAGUCCAGUGAGCACGCCGGGUUCAAGCUCCUACGACACGGACAGCAGCGGCAAGGAAUCAGGUUAUUUGACGUUGGAAGAUUUGGAAGAACAAUUUAUGAUAAAGUUGCCAUCAAGUUACAGAAAAGAGUUUAAAAAGGCUUAUGACAGAUCAUCAACAAAAACAGACACUGUUGAACUAACAGUCGAUAACUACAAUCCUUCUGGAACAUCACUUUGCGAUCCGAACGCAGGUAAAAAUAUUGUUGUUGAAAAAUGCGAACGACAAACUCAAGUUUAUUUUGAAAAAACUUUGAGCUCAAUCAGUUCUGAUCUGCAGCUCUCCCUAAAUUUUCAACAAGUCCAACAAUAUCAACAUCCGCAACUACAAAAUUUAAGAGAACAGCAAAUGAGCUGGCAAUUGAAACACCAACAACAGUUGGUGAAGGAACGAGACCGUGUCAUGUUCAACAACGUUACGAAAAAAUUGCCUUUUGAUAAUGAUCUCGACAGCGAACUUAAUGAUGUCAGUAAGGAAGACAAAGAAAUAAAUUGUGAUGAUGAGGAUGAUGAAGAUGAGGAAGACGAUGAUGUCUUUUUAUCAGACGGUGAAAUCAGCAACCGAUUUAAUGAUCAGUUUCAGAUAAACAUCAAGCAUGAAUCAAAUAAAAAUGAUGGAAGUUCUGCGGAUGAAGACGAUGAUGCAUUUGAUGACAUUUCAGACUCAAACAAAUCAAAUUCUAUAUUGAAAAAUGCUGAUGAAACUGUUCGCAUGAAUAAACACGCGAGCACGAUUGCAGUAGAAGAAAAUAAGAGGAAGGCAGACAACGCGGAGAUGCAGCAGAGUAGUGACGUUGAUGAAAUUAAUCAUGGAACUCUCAAGCUGCAACAGUUACAAGCUCAAUCACAAGAUGUGCAACAAUUCAUUCAAAGCCCCAAACAUUUGAGCUCGCAAAACUUUCAAACUGAACCGAAAAAACAUUUAGCAAAGAAAAAAAGCUCUUAUGCCAUAAUGAUAAGUCCAGAGCAACUGAAAGAAAUGAACCUUUCAAACGCAAUGUCGCAAAAAUAUCACGCACAAGCUACUUUAAAAAUAAGACCUGAAGCUGAUGAGAGUAGAAACAUUUUACACGUCGUUAAAAAUGUUGACAAGGAAAACCAUAAUAAAAACAGCAUGAUUACAAAUGGAAGUGACAUUAAAAACCCUUGCGAAACAUUUUGUAAUUAUAACAACGAUAAUGAAAGCGACGAUGAUAAUGAUAAUGAGGACAAAAAUUACAACAAAAUAAAUGAGGAUGAGAUGGGUGGCGCCAACUAUGUGUACACAAAACGAGUCGAUGCCGUGAUGCCGACUGCUGCUGCUGGAUCGAGAUUGCAUGCGAAGAUGCAAAACAUUUCAAGAAAUAUGAUGAAACAAGGCAAACUUCAAAGAAACUACAAGAGCGAUAUUAACAAUAACAACCUUCAUGUUCGCAACAGUAACAUCGGCGGUUUAAACAACCGCAACAACAAUAUUAACAACAAAGAUGAUAUUUACAUGAGUUGGGAAGAAGUAACCAAAGAAGCCAAACAUCUUGGCAUUAAUUUAAACUUACCAAAAACUAGAUUUGGUAGCAGUAACAUUAAUGAAGAUAAGAACAAGUGCAACAAAGACAUCAACAACAAUCACAUUUAUAAGAACGAUGCCAAGAAAUGCAAAGAAAGGGUUUGGUUUUCGUUUCCAAGUGAUUCUGAAAUUUUAAACAAUUCAGUGCUUGAUCGAAGUGAAACAAUUGGAUCAACCGUUAAAAAAUACACAAAAACACGCAGCAAAACUCCAACAAAAGUUCGUUUUGCAAAAAAUGUUGACAACAUUGUUGACCCCAAUUCCAACUUGAUGGCAACAGAUGGAAAGUUCAAUUUGAAAAAAUUGUUCAACCCUAGUAAAUUGAAACAAAACUUCAAAAUUGAUUUCAAGUCUGAAAAGUUAAAAACAAAAGAAUCGUGGUUCAGCAAAAAAGAACAAACUCCUAUUGAAAAUUGUUGCAAAUGUAACAAAAGUUGUGGUUCAAACAGCAAAACGAGGAAUUCUUUGAAAAUGUUAAGUGGCCAAAGUAACAUUGAUAAUUAUUUGCAAGGAGUCUCAACGAGAACAAAAACUGAUUAUGCAGAUGGCGCAGUAUUGAACACAGGACAUAACAACGGCGUGAAAUCAUCAAAUAAUCAUCAUGACAGAGAACGGUCGCACGCAAUAAGUGAGACAAAUAAGGAACCAAACAGUCAGAUCAAUCAAGAUUAUUGUCAACAUCAUCAUCGUCGCCAUCGAAAUCAUCUGCAACAGCAACUGCAGCAAGACAAACAUGAACAGCAACAACAACAACAAAAUAAACAAAUGGAGCAACAAUUUAUGAGCCGAAUUAGCAUCAACGCAACUCAGAUAUCGGGACAUAAUCCAGGAAAAAAUUACUCCGAAGUAAUGGUGGACAAAAACGUAAUGAGAGAAAUGCAAAUGUUGGAAUUGCGACGACAAGUGCGUCAGCAGGAGGAACAUCUUCAAAUGCAGAGCUCCUCUCACGGUCAGAUUUUAUCAAAUUUCUAUUUGUUUUAUAUUCAUUCAAUUGGAAUGUAA